GGUGUGGUUGCUGGUGUGGUUGCUGGUGUGGUUGCUGGUGUGGCUGCUGGUGGUGGCGCAUCAGCCAAGAUACGCUUGUUUGUUGCAUCAAACCGAUCGCACUGGUGUUUGGUGGAUUGGGCAGCUGGCUCUGUCACUGCCGAUGCGGCACUUUGCAUGUCCAGAGACAUUGACUGCGUUUGUAUUGACAGAAAUCAUCAAUGCUUACAACCAAUGGGUCAAGCGGCUGCUCUCGGAUCUGUUCACUGAAAACGUCUUUAGCGAGCCCGAGAGACGCAUGAUCGUUGAUCUGGCCGAGCACGGCAUCACAGUCUCGGAUCUCACCUCGACCCUCCAGAAGGCUCUGAAAAAGCACCUUGAAGGCGAGACCGGCCAGGAAACCGACAGCAUCUCCACCGUCAAGUCGCUCGAGUACAUUGGCGACCGGCUAUCGAUCGCAUACAGCAUUGUCUUCAACCUGAUCUUCUCCGUCAUCAAGGUCGAGGCCAACCAGGUUGGCGAGCUGCGCUAUGAUGCGCGCCUUCGCAGUCUGGCAAAGAACAUCACCGCCCGCAUCUUCAACAUCACCGAGAGACUCUACACUGAGGCAGAGGCCCUGGAGGCGAAGAAAGGCAUCGAGGCUGAGGCAGCCAGCGAGCUGAAAGGCGUGUCCGACGAGGUCGCGACUGAGGCAACCGAGACUACUGGGGCUGCUACCAUUGAAGCAAGCGAGGAGCACAACGGCGAUGGCGACGGCGACGCAGACAGCGGCAUCGAGAGUGUCGACGACGGCAAGAACGCCGCCGCGGAUCCCCAGGACGAGCAAGAUGUGAGUACGGACAUCGACCGUCUUUCAGUCGAUAGCCAAGAGAAAAAAUGGAAGAUUCGAAGCCUGUUCCAGCAGGAUGUCGAGCGUCUGGUGGCCGAGGAGACACGCAAGGCAUUCCCGUGGAUGUCGGUCGUGCGCCCAGUCUCCUACUGCUUCACUGAGGCCAACUUUGAGGUCGUGCCCCUGACGCCCCAGCGGAGAAGCAUCCACUGCAUCCUGGCCGUCAGUGGCUGGCUGCAUGCCGGCGAGAAGCUCAAGGAGGCCUGGUCGUCGCUGCUGGGCAUCUGCCCCUUUUCCGAGGUCGAUAUGAUCAUGUUCGACCGCAACCAGCUGAUCCAAAUAUCCAACGCCAUCAGGGACUUUAUGGCCACGGGUGGCACAUAUGUCCCCGAAGACGAGCUGACCAAGCAGUCCAAGAUGACAUCGCUGACAACCAAAACCAUGUGGCCGCGGUCGCUGCUCGAUAUGAGCUACCUCGUCGACAAGCCCUGGAAGGCUGCUCUGGCUCGCACCGAGGCGGCGGGUAUCGUGCUGGCCAAGAACCUGCUGAUGGGCCCUGUUCGUGGAACCCGGCCGGUGACGCUGGUCGGCUGGGGCCUCGGCGCCCGAGUGAUCUACCACUGCCUUCUCGAGAUGGUUGGCCAUGCUCGCGCGGACGGACCGAACCCGUGGGGCAUCAUCGACAGCGUCUACAUGCUCGGGUGCCCUGUCGAAGUGGCUGGCAAGGACAUGAUCGACAUCACGACUCUGGUGAGCGACCGCUUCGUCAACGUGUUCAGCCACAAGGACUGGUUCCUGCAGUUCCUGUCCCGAAACCUGAGUCCCAGCGCCGCACUCUUUGGCCUGCGACCGGUGAGCGCCCGCGGAGCCGGUCCGGCGAUUGCCGAAGGCACCCGCAUCAAGCUGGGUCGCAUCGAGAACUACGAGGUCAGCGACAUUGUGCAUCGCCAUCUGGACUACCAGGAGGAGCUCCCGACGAUCCUGCAGCGCAUCGGGUUCGAUCGAGAUUCGUACGAGGCCAGCACUGUCGUCACCGUGGGCCCGCCGGCCUGAGCGGUGCUUGGACGAGAGCGAAUAGAAUGGAUGGGGUCUGUGCGGGGGCUGUACGCAAGAAACGUAAAAUCAAUAUUAUGGGAUGCAGACGACAAC